UUUCUACUUCCCACGAUGUUCUGAAAGCCUCCUGUGGGAUUCGAGGUUGUGGUUUUCACGUCAGAAGAACGGACGUCAGAAAACGGCGUGCGUGCCGCUGGCCAUCUGCUGGCACUUAUGAUUGACUUUGAUUAGGGGAAAAUCGCUCUAGCAGCGCAGUCUAGGAUAGAUGCAACACUUGAGGUAUAUAACCGAUAUAACGGUAGACCUGGAAAUGGUACCGUGGUGGAAGGGAUGCGUUUCAAGGAUCAAUGACGUACUAUUUCCCAGGCAGAAUGGGUAUUGCAGCCACACAGGAGGAUUAUGGACUGAGAGCCCACCUUGCAGGGAGUGGCACCACAGAGAUGUUGUCUGGACCAGGCAGAACCGCAUCAGUAUGCCCCAUGCUCCUGCCACAGAACACUCAGGCAACUCUCUACGAUGGCUUCAUCACUGCUGGGGGAAAGGAGUAUCGACUGAGGAUUCAGUUGCCGCCAUCCAGGGAGCUGAAGAGUGCUAGAAUAGACUGUGAUUGGAGACUCCAGCUUGUACUUCAGGAUAAGCAGGACAUCUUCAAACAGAGGUUGGAGCAGAGCCCUGACCUGACUACUUUCCUGGUAGAAUUACAAAACCUGCUGGAACAGACAUCCUCCCAGCAGUCGUCUGUGGGCCCCCCUCCCCAGUACUUUACCAAGCUGGUACAGGAGAUAGACAAGCUGGGCUGGGACAGGCUGGCGUACAUAGACCCGAGCUUCAAAAGCUUACAGGUGCAGUGCAGAGAUGCCUGCCAGAGGGAGCACAUUCUCACCAUCAAUCUCCACAACCAGUAUCCACAGAUGACCCCUACCUGCACAGCUGACCUGCCAGGCAAGGUCAACUUCAAGUGGUCCCAACAGGACAGUCUGCAGGGAGUUCUGCACCAGUUUGAGAAAGCACUGGCCCAGUACCAGGACUUCUGGGAUAACAUGAAGGAGUUGGACAAAAGCACCUGGGUCCUGGAGCCAGAGAAACCCUCCUACAAGGACACAGUCAGGAGGAUAGCUUUGGGAAACAAUGCUUCAGUGCAGAUUACUGUUGACCCUGCCCAUCCCAGGAUGCUGCCUGAGUGCAGGUUUCUAGGUGCUGACCAUGUGAUAAACCCAAUAAAGCAGAGUCUGAAUGCCAACCUACACUGCUGGGAUCCCAGACAAACUCUACUGCCCAACCUCCAGAAUGUUCUAGCGGUGGACUUUCCCUCUCCAGCAAACUCCAGCAAAGAGGACUUUAACAUGGCCUGUAGUAUCUGCUAUGCCUACCGACUGGGAGAGGAGAUACCUGAUAGGGCAUGUGAUGACCCGAGAUGCAGCAGGCCAUUCCAUACCACCUGUCUUAUAGAGUGGCUAAGGGCACUGCCAUCAACUAGGAUGAGCUUUAAUGUCAUCUUUGGAGAGUGCCCAUACUGUAGUAAGCCUAUCACAGUAAAGAUGACUGCAGCCAGAUAGCAGAGGGCUCAGAUAGCAGUGGGAAUAGGUGGCAGCAACCGUUGCAAGUCUGCAAUAUCACAGGAUACACUCUAGAACACUAACCUGGUCAAUCGUUUCUGUAGCUGAUGGAAUGAAUUUGCCAAACUUGCCAACAAUAGAAAGGAAUUCCACCAAUAAACAUUUUUGUCAUUUUCUGACCCUGUAAAAAAAGGGUCAAGUAAGCCAAGUUUACUACAAGCUAUCACUGAAGUGAAACUGUGUUGUUCAAUAAUCAAUGUUUACUAUCGUUUCAAGGCUACAGACAGCAGGCUACAGUACAUUUGCAUUUCUACUUUUCUCUUGUAAUACUAGUAUUCUACCUGGGCAUCCAGAGAGCCACCUGGUUUGAUUUUAAUAGCAAAACAUGUGACUAAAUCAUUGAUUAGAUGUUAUAUCAUCAACAAAGCUGUAUUUUUGUCAGAGUGGUAGUUUGCCCUCUUAAAACACAUUGUGCAAGGAAGAUGCUAAUACAUGUACUAGUUAAAACAGUUUUGUGAAGACUACAUACAAGCCAGAGGUAAAGUAUGGCUUGUACAUCUUCUAUUUAGAUAUUUUUCUUGGAAUGUCUAUUACAUAACAAUACCAUUCUUAUAUUGUAGCACUUGCUAUGUUUGAGGCAUAUAUCUUAAAGCCUAAUAGAGGGUUACAACAAAGACAGAGGUUCUUAGUUUCUAUUUGGUGACAGAGUUAGCUUGUGUUGUACAAAAGAGUGUAAAUAUACUGUUCAAUAUUCUACCCACAUGUGUCCAUGUUAAAACAAAGUACUUAAGUGCUUGAAAAUCCAAGUUCAACUAAUUGUAACUUAGUCUUCAGAUUAGUGACUCUACUGUAAGCCUGUCCAACUGAUCCAUUGGUCACUGUAAAUUGCUGUCUACAGUUCCAUUGUGCUGUCUUUAAAGACAAAGUACAGAACAAUCUAUAGUUGUUAUUACAAGUGAAAGAGGGUGAAGGUAGAUCCAUGGCCUAGGGGCAAUGGGUUUGACUGUGUCCAGGGCACAGUAUUUGAAGGCAAAGUCCAUUAGUGUUCUUCUGCCACCUUUUACCUCACCAACUUAAGUCAGGUACCAUUUUUGUGUGAAGAAAGUCAUGUAAAAAGCCUUUUCCAUGGACACAGCCAGGAAUUGAACCUGUAACCUCUUUACCUCGCGUGAGCUAGCCUGCAGACACUCUACCAUUCAAUGUCACAAUAAAGUUUGUUGUCAGCCAUGGUUGACAGGUGGCAA